UUGCAUUACGCUCUCUCGCACUGCUGUCGCUGCCAGUGGCCGUCUCAACCUCGCGCAUUCACAUCUCGCAAACCUCUGGGCUUUCGACUUGUCGUGGGCUUCCUACGUCGUCCAUAACGCCUUUCUAUGCCAAGAUGUCAACAAGACCGCGCCUGUCAAUAAGCGAUCUUCUGCACCGAGGCUAUCUGGGGAUAGUCAUGAUGGGUGUCGUACACCGAGACACACUACGAAGAGGGCGAGCUCACGCCGUCUGUUACCAGGCCCUCGCAUUGCAGGAAGCCAACUCUAAUAAGGAAAAGCAGAGCGAGGAGAACGAGAUCGCGCUCGCACAAGCCGCGCAGGCAGCCCUGGACAGGAGUGGCAAAUCUUGGUAGAAAACAUGUCUGCGGGCCCGCGAGACGAUGUUCAACCCUCAGCGCUUUUGUCACACGAACGUCCCGCUCUCUUGUUGUCUUGCUGUAUCUAUUUAUUACUUCGUCGCUAAUGAUCACCGCGUCAUGCAUUACACAAAUUGUGAUGAGGCACAUGUACAAUCUGAGAGUCAUAAUAUAUGCCAGAAGGCGCAGUGGGCAUGUUGCUGCUGCCUAUGAUGCCUGCAA